AGAGGCCGGUAGAGAGAGGGCUAGCGGAGUGAGGGGCAGAGAGGGCGGCUGCAUGGCGGAGCACGUGCCAGACCAAUCCGAAAUCCUCCAGCCUUGUCGCCGCGUCUACACCCAAUAAUCCUCCGUAUAUCAAACAAAACGUAACUAAUAGCCUUCAAACCAUGAAAAAUACCGACAACAGCUCCAACCUUCUAUCAAGACCCUUCCCCCUCCUCACCCUCCCCCCCGAAAUCCGCACCCAAAUCUACACUUACUGCCUCUGCGCCCCCAACCAAGGCCUCCGCUUCUACGACCCCCAAUGCCGCCUGCGCGCCCACCGCGCGCCCACAACCGCCCUCCUAUCCGCAAACAAACAGCUCCACGCCGAAGCCUCCGCAGUCCUAUACUCUAAAAAUGAAUUCCUCUUCCUCGAACCCCGCGGACUGCUUAAUUUCGCUAGGAAAAUCGGACCCAGGAAUAGUAAACUCGUGAGGCAGAUACGCAUCCGCAUUCACUUUUACGAGGAUGAGGAUAUAGUUAUGUGGAGUAGGGGGAGGAAGCCGAAGGGGCUUUUGUGGGAGCGGCCGCCGUCAAGGCGUGAGGUAGAGAGUUCGUGGCCACGUGGGUUGCGUAUUUGAGGUGGCGGUAUUUUGAGAAUGUGGUGUUCUUGACGAUUAAGGGGGAGACGCGGUAUUACUGGUAUCAUUACGUUGUUAUGCCUGAGGACUUGAGGAGGUUUGUUAUGGAGUUUUUGGAGAAGGGGGCCGGGGGUAGGGUGCCGAGGCUGUUGUUGAGGGGGUUUGGGGAAGGGGAGAGGGAGAAGUUUCCGAGGGAGUGGGAUGUGAUCGUGGAGUAGGUAGAAACGAACGGAUCGCCCUGCGACACUC